AUGAGCGCAGGCAAGCUGCUGAAGCGUUUCCACGCUACAGCGGCCAACCGAGUAUCUCUCGCCGAACUUAAGAAAUAUUUGGCUUUGGCAUACACUAGCGCGCUGCAAGCACCUCUGGGUCAUCAGCAGCGACGUGCGGCUCUGCGUUGUGGUGCUGAAGUACGACGCGUUUUUCCGAAAGGCCACAACGAUUUAAUGCGCGGAAUGCCCACAGCGCUCGGCGAUACAUGUCACGAUCGACUGUAA